CGGGAACUGACGGGGCAGCGGGGCGGAGCGAUGAGGACAUCUACUAAGAUAGAGAAGCAGUUUCAAGGAAAAUGGAGAAAGUGUGACUGGUCUUUGCAGAAAGUGGGAAAGUGAGUUGACCAGAGAAACAUGAUAGUGUUGCUAAGUUGUGUUGAGUGCCUAGAUGGGACUAGUGACUCUGAAGAUACAGACUGUGUUUGCAAUGGCCGCUACUGUGAACUUGGAACUUGAUCCCAUUUUUUUGAAAGCACUAGGCUUCUUACAUUCAAAGAGUAAGGAUUCUGCUGAAAAGCUAAAAGCACUACUUGAUGAAUCUUUGGCUCGGGGCAUUGAUUCAAGUUACCGUCCAUCUCAAAAGGAUGUGGAACCACCCAAAAUUUCAAGCACAAAAACUGUUUCCAUUAAGCAAGAGCCCAAAACAUCAUCCACUCUUCCUUCUGGCAAUAAUAAUGGCAAGGUCCUAACAACUGAAAAGGUAAAGAAGGAAGGUGAAAAGAGACCUGCUGAUAAAAUGAAAUCAGACAUCACUGAAGGAGUUGAUAUUCCAAAGAAACCUAGAUUGGAGAAACCAGAGACACGGUCCUCCCCCAUUACUGUCCAAACCAGCAAGGAUUUAGCUAUGGCUGACCUUUCCAGCUUUGAGGAGACCAGUGCUGAUGAUUUUGCCAUGGAGAUGGGAUUGGCCUGUGUUGUUUGUAGGCAAAUGACAGUGGCAUCUGGUAAUCAAUUAGUAGAAUGUCAGGAGUGCCAUAAUCUCUACCACCAAGAUUGCCAUAAGCCGCAGGUGACAGACAAAGAAGUGAAUGACCCUCGCCUUGUGUGGUAUUGUGCCCGAUGUACGAGACAAAUGAAAAGAAUGGCUCAGAAAACUCAGAAACCACCACAGAAACCAGCCCCCACAGUUGUUUCUGUAGCUCCAGCUGUUAAAGAUCCAUUGGUUAAGAAACCAGAAACUAAACUCAAGCAAGAGUUAACUUUUCUAGCGUUUAAGAGAUCAGAAGUCAAGGCAUCCACGGUUGUUUCAGGAAAUUCUUCUAGUACCAGUGUUUCCUCUUCAGCAACCAGUGGCCUAAUUGGAUGGGCAGCUUUUGCAGCCAAAACUUCUUCUGCUGGUCCAUCAACAGCGAAAUUGAGCUCAACAACCCAAAACAAUAGCGGGAAACCUGCUACCUCAUCAGCUAACCAGAAGCCCGUGGGUUUGACUGGUCUGGCAACAUCAUCCAAAGGUGGAAUAGGUUCCAAGAUAGGUUCCAAUAACAGCACUUCACCCACUGUACCACUGAAACCACCUCCACCUCUAACUUUGGGCAAAACUGGCCUUAGUCGCUCAGUUAGUUGUGACAAUGUUAGCAAAGUAGGUCUUCCCAGUCCAAGUAGUUUGGUUCCAGGAAGCAGCAGCCAACUAAGUGGGAAUGGAAAUAGUGGGACAUCAGGGCCUAGUGGAAGUACCACUAACAAAACCACUUCAGAAUCAAGCGGCUCUCCCUCAGCAUCCCUUAAAGGUCCAACUUCACAAGAAUCACAACUCAAUGCCAUGAAGCGAUUACAGAUGGUCAAGAAGAAGGCUGCCCAAAAGAAACUCAAGAAGUAAUGUGGCCAAGUAGGUUUUUAUAUCAUAUUACCCUAAAGAUUAAAAUCUUAUUAUUAAGACAUAAACUGUAGUAUACUAUAAUUUAAUAAAAAUCUUCAUAAU